AUGUUUUCCAAAGUACAGUUACAAAUAUCAGUUGAUGAUAGCAUCAUAUACAAGCCAAAUGAUAAAGUAGCAGGUUCUUUAAAAAUAAAAGCGAAAAAAAGUUUUGACCUUCGAGCAAUAAGCUUACGAUUCUCAGGUAUUUUACAUACGACUUAUAUCGAAAGAAUCGUCAUUAGAGACACGUAUACUCAAGAAAAUGGGAAUAUUGAUACUAAUACAAGAACAAAAUACAUUUAUCAUGAGGAGCCACACCAUUUGUUUAUGGAGACUGAGAAAUUGAAUUCUACAUUGAACCUAGAGAAGUUUGCCGAGGAUGAAGUAAAAGAGUAUCCUUUCGAUUUCGUAUUCCCUCUGUCAGCAACAUGUCGUGAAUGUGGCAAGUUCACUACAUUACCUCCAACUAUCAAUAGAAUAGAAGGAGAUUCUAUGAUUUUAAGUGCCUUCUAUUCAUUAGAGGCUGAGGUUGUGCCUGAUUCACGAUUUAGUAGUUCAAGUAGAUGCCAGAAAUUUUUAAACUUUCAACCAUUUGGAAAUGAAAAUUUGAUAACGGUGCUUAGGAAUUCCUUAGAGAUACCAAAGCAGGCAGUUGUAUGGAGAUCUAAAUUGAAAAGAAUUGUGGAUGAAAGGUAUUUAGAACUUUAUGUUGAUAAUUAUGAACCGAAGGAUUCUAAAGCAAUUUCAUCAUUUAAAUCAAUUUCAAACCCACUUAAGAAGUCACAUAGAAAUACAAGGGCAAUUAGAGGAAUUUUAAAUAAGAGUUAUAGAUCUGAAAUUUAUGACAAAUUAGUGGGUAAUGUUAAAUUAGAAGUAGAGUUGGUACUACUUCCCAGAUUGUUCAAUAAUUCGACAAAUAUAUCUGAAACUUUGAAAUUGUUUAUCCGUAGUCGAAUUGAAGAUAUGAGACCCAACUUUAUAUUGUAUUGUGGUGAAUCGUCACAAUUGGGCUCUUUUAUUGUUACAGAUUUUUCGCUUUCAAUUACUAGCAACUUUUCUAUAUUCGCGCAUGGUCACAGGGGGGUAGUGAGAAGAACUACUCCAUUAUUCAAAAAAAAUUACGGCUACGAAUUGGCUUUUGACUUAAUAGAUUUUUUUCCAAAUAUCAAUGAUCCUCUUAUAAGAGAAUGGGAAAUUCCGAUCGAGAAACUAUUCAGCAACGAAAAAAUUAAUUUGAGCUCUAUACUACUUGGUCCCAAUUACAGUAGUGCUUGUGGCGCUUUGGAAUUAACGCAUACAAUCGAUUUACAGUUGGGGAUUGCGUCAAAUCUAGAAGAAACUCCAAAGUACUCCAAUUUCUCUUGCGAUAUUGUUUUAGUAUAA